AUGCUGACUGUCGCCACGACCAAUAACAUCACCACUUCGCCUGUCCGCUACAGAUCCGACUCCAUGCCCCCCUCCAAAAGGACCCGUCCCCUUUCGGAUGCUGGAGAGAACCGCGAAGCUGUAGAUGUUCAACAAGCGAGUUCGUCAAUGGCUCAAGGAAGCCAGUCUAAUAAAAGAGCACGCCUAUCACUCGCAAACGGUAACCAUCCGGAAGACACGCCCGACCGAGAGAACACCGUCGCAUAUGGGGGGUCUGAAGAUGAUUCGGCCGACGAGGAGGAGUACGUGGACGCGCCGCCGCAGACUCAAUAUGAGAUCAUGCGAGAUGCUGGGUUUAAGCAUCUAGAUAACCUUGAACUUGAUGAUGAACGAGCAACACAGCAGCUCUUGCGACGGCCGCGCAGCAGCUUAGGCGACAACCUCGUCGCUGAGAGUGGCAUCAUCGAGAGCAUUACAUGUUACAAUUUCAUGUGCCACGAGAGACUUCAUGUUGAUCUUGGCCCUCUCAUCAACUUUAUUGUCGGGGAAAAUGGCAGCGGCAAAAGCGCCGUUUUAACUGCACUGACUCUAUGCUUAGGAGGAAAGGCCAGUGACACUAAUCGUGGCGGCAGCCUGAAAUCCUUCGUCAAAGAGGGCCGAGACCAAGGCAAACUUGUGGUGCGACUCAAAAAUGCCGGAUCCGAUGCGUAUCAACCCGACAUAUAUGGCGACAGCAUCAUUGUUGAGAGACACUUCUCCAAGACCGGAAGCAGUGGGUUUAGAAUCAAGACGGCCGACGAAAGACUUGUAUCAACAAAGAAACAAGAAGUCGACGAGAUAUCUGAGUGGUUCGCACUUCAAAUGGGCAAUCCUUUGACCAUACUUUCUCAAGACAACGCCCGGCAGUUCCUAAACACGGCAACUCCAUCCCAAAAGUACAAGUAUUUCGUCUCUGGUGUACAACUGGAGCAGCUCGACAACGACUACAGGAUGUCCCAGGACACCCUGGAGAAGACUCUGAAUCUGCGUGACGAUAUCAACGAAAAGGUUGCCCUUGUGAAAAAGGAAAUGGACAACGCUCUUCGUCUGGCAGAAACUGCACAAAAGAAUCAGAGUCUUCGCGAGAAAGCGAGGCAUUACAGAUGCCAGCUUAUUUGGUGGCAGGUCGUAGAGCAGGAAAUUGCUCUUGAACAACUCAAUGACAACAUUGCCACCAGAACCGCCCACAUUGUGGACGCUGAGAAUGAAUGUGAGAAUAUGGGCAGAGCCCUUCAGGAGGCUGAACAGAAGCUACAACAGCUCGAGUCUGCAAAGGAGAAACUGAAUGAAGAAGAUGACGGCAUUCAGGACAAAGUCAAUGAGUUGCUUACCAUGUUCAACGCGGCAAAGAAAGCACUCGCUGAUGUACAAGUGGAAGAACGCGACGCCCAUGCCCGUUUAAAGUCGAUUGGUGAAGAAAUACAACAGUUCGAAAUGAAGAUAGAGGAGGAAGAAAGGCGGCUCGGCGAGUCUACGGGAGCCGCCAGGGCUGAGAAAGAUGCGCAGCUCGAAGAGGCCAAGGCUCAGGAGCGAGACAUCAGUCAGAGAAUGAAAUAUACAGACGACCAGCUACCAGAAGUAGAAAGCAAGGUGCGAGAUGCUGAAGACGCUUUCAAACGUCAGCAGAAACUGCGAGGUGCGAAACGAGCCGACAUUAUUCUGGCAGAGAGGAUUCUGUCUGACCUUCAGAAGAGCACCGGGUCUGCUUACGAUGGCUUUGAUAGUGAAAUAGCCAACCUUGUCAAGUCUAUCGGUCAUCAUCAAGGAUUUCGCACGAAGCCUGUCGGGCCGAUUGGCGCACACGUCAAGCUCCUGAAACCAGAGUGGUCGGGUGUCUUGGAGAAAACUUUCGGCGAAACACUGAACGCUUUCGUUGUGCGGAGCAAAGAUGACCAGUCUCAGUUGUCCGAGCUCAUGCAGAGGAGCGGGAUGAGACGUCGGCCACCCAUCUUCAUUGCGUAUGGAGGGCACAUCGAUACGAAGAGUCAGGAACCUGCAGCUGAGUUUGACACUAUACUUCGAGUGCUGGAGUUCGAUGAAGAUAUAGUUCGAACUCAGUUGGUCAUCAAUAACCAAAUUGAGAAGAUUAUCCUUGUGAAAAGCAGAGCAGAAGCCGAAAACACCAUGGUAGAUGGAGGCGGCCCGCCCCGCAAUGUUACGGCGUGCCUGUGCUUCCACGACGGCAAAAACAAGCGAGGGCAUGGCCUCAGACUAACGAACCGAAAUGGGAAUAUUGGGACCGCCCCGGUCACUCCAUCUACAAUGCGACCCAGGAUGCAGUCAGACUCUGUGCGGCAGCUAGCCGUCCAGAAGGAGAACCUGAAGCAAUUGGAAGCCGAACUCAAAGAACUGCAUUCUGAGGAGCGUCUUGCCCAACAGGCGGUUCAAAGAUACAAAACGGAGCUAGACUCGCAUCGCAAUAACCAAAAACAGAUCGAGAUUGAUUUGCGCCGAGUUCGGGCCGACGUGGAGCAAAUCUUAACAGAGUUGGAUGCAUUUGAAGGCGCAGACGAUCGGCUCAUCACGCUUCGUGCUGAUUUGGAGCUGAAGCAAAACGAAAAAGAGCAACUCGGUAGUCAGUACGGCAAUAUGAAGCUGGCCAAGACUGAUCUCAACAAAAAAGCGGAAGCUGCCAAGAGAGACUUGGAAGGGGUCCGACGAGAAGCUGAAGAAGUCUCGGAACGCGUUCAAAAGGCUGAUAUGAAGAUACAAAGUACGGAGUCUAUGAGACGAAUCGCCGUCACGAAAAAGAAUGCAGCUUACGAGCAGAUUGAUAUCGAAAGAGCUGAGCGCCGACGCGCGGAGCUACGACGGGAUCAAAAGGCAGAAGAAGUCGCUGAUUUUACCAGCCAAGCUCUUAUGGUUGCUCCUGACAGGGUGCAUAUUCCGGAGGGCGAUAACUACGAAAGCAUCGAGAAGAAGUAUCAGAAAAUUGGAGAUCAGCUUGCUAUGCGGGAGAAACGCCUCGGGGCGACGGAUCAACAAAUCUUUGACAGAGCAAACGAAGCCAAGAGACACUACGAGACUGUUGUGGAGGAGACGGACAACCUGGACCGCAUGAUUGAUUCGUUAAAGGGCGCUAUCACACAGCGACUUGAUCUGUGGCGCCGGUUUCAGAGGCAGAUCAGCGCUCGCAUCCGCAUCCAGUUCAACUAUCUCCUCAGCGAGCGAGGCUUCCGCGGCAAGAUCAAUCUUCAGCACAAGGAGCGCAAAGUUGUCAUCCACAUCGAGCCAGACGAAACCAGGACCAGCGCAGCGGGGCGAGACACGAAGACGUUGUCGGGUGGAGAGAAGUCAUUUUCUUCCAUCUGCAUGCUACUCUCCGUGUGGGAAGCGAUCGGAUCCCCGAUUCGCUGCCUGGACGAGUUUGACGUCUUCAUGGACAAUGUGAAUCGAGCCAUCAGUACAAAUAUGCUGGUCGAUACCGCUCGUCGCUCUGUGACGCGACAGUAUAUACUCAUUACCCCGAACGCCAUCGAGGGGCGUGCCAAGCUUGACAAGGACGUCAAGAUCAUCAGGUGA